GUGAAGAAUAUUUUAUAAUUUGUUGGUGUUGACUACACAAUCAGGUUCGUAUUAUUUCAUAUAAUAUUAUUACAUUAAUGUGCUUCAAAAAAAUGUUUUGUACAUUGUAUUUUAUAUGGUGGCCUUAAAGGGGCCUACAUUUUGUUGAAAACUCUAUCUAUGGACAGACGAUGGCCAUAAAUGGAUCGUUAUGAGACUCUUUUAAUGGCCACUUACAUUUAUUUUAUGCUUCACUUAGAGCUACCUACCUAGUUAUACCUAUUUGUCUGAAUUGAAUUUCAUUAUUAGCUUGGUAAUAAUUGUUUUAAAUAGUACAUUUAAAAUGGCUUCAAAACCAACUACAUCAAAAACCAAGAGUAACACACCAAAAAGAUGUAUAUAUUCUCCAUCCAAAGUUCAGCAAGCAUUGGAUGCAAUUCACAAAGGAAUGAAUACAUCAACAGCAAGCAGGAUAUUUAAUGUACCCCGCACUACACUCAGGAACAAGCUUGAAGGCAAGUCGCCAGUUGAAUCUGUAGGACACGGUGGAGUAACAUCCAUACUUGGAGAUGAAACUGAAGCUUUAUUAGUAGAAUGGGUGCUAACUUGUGCCAAAAUGGGGUUUCCUGUAGAUCGGGAGGGGCUGUUAAGUUCAGUUAAGAAACUAGUGGAUGAAUCAGAAAUGAAAACUCCAUUUAUAAAUAAUAGACCAGGUAAAAAAUGGUUUUAUGGAUUUAUGAACCGCCACAAGUGUUUGUCCCAAAAACAUGCUGAAUAUGUAAACAAAGCAAGGGGAUCAGUGACCGAGGAAAAAAUAAGAAAAUGGUUUGAUGAAGUUUCUGAGCUAUUGGGCGAAAAUUUGUAUGUGUUGAACUACCCAGAACGAGUAUUUAAUAUGGAUGAAACGUGUUUCUAUUUAGCUCCAAAAGGAGAACUUAUAUUAGGGCCUCGUGGAUGUAAUGUGUAUGAUGAACAGACAAACAACAAUAAAGAAAACAUAACAACACUUUUUGCAGCCAACGCUUUGGGUAAUUGGGCACCCCCUUUAACAAUUUAUAAGUAUGAACGCAUUCCAGCAAAGAUUGCACAGUCUGCUCCUCCAGGAUGGGGGUUAGGCAAGUCUGAAAAUGGUUGGAUGACUGCAGAAACUUUUUUUGAAUACAUGGCAAACAUAUUUCUUCCUCAUCUAAUACAGUCAAAUAUUUCUAGACCCGUUAUUAUAUUCUUAGAUGGUCACAGUUCGCAUCUUAGCUUACAUCUGAGUAAGUUUUGUAGGGAAAAUGGUCUGAUUUUAAUAGCUCUUUAUCCCAAUUCAACUCAUAUCCUACAACCACUAGAUGUAGCAGUAUUUGGACCACUCAAGUCAUCGUGGAAAAAAACUGUGAAGCAAUGGCGAAUCGACAAUGAUAGAGAAAUAAGCAAAUUUGAUAUGCCAACUGCAUUAUCUAACAUCAUGAAUACACCAAAUAUGUCGAAGAAUGUUCAAUCUGGUUUUAGAUCUACUGGUCUAUUACCAUUUAAUCCAAAUAAUGUAGAUUAUACCAAAGUUAUAAUACGUUCAGUCCCAACACAACAGAACACCUCAAAAAAUAAUGAAAUACAAUUGCAUUUGAAAUUCAUCGAAAAAAACACUGAUAGUAAUCUAUUAAAAGAAUUUAAGAGAGCCUAUAUAGGAGGAUAUGAGUGGGAUGGUGAUAUCAAAGCUACAAUGCUGUUUAAUUUGUGGUCCACAUGUGUAACUCAAACUAACAAUGAGAAAACAAGAACAGAGUCAACCUCACAAGCAACAACUUUUGAUUCCUUUGAUUCCUAUAUGAGUCCAACAUCAGCACAAUUAACAACAAUUAGUUUAGAAUCAACAACUAUGAACAAUUCCAGUACAUCCUGUCAAUUAGAAAACCAACCAUCCACAAGUCAUGAUUCUCCUACUACUUUAAUCUUACCAACACGACGAUCAUUAACAUCAGUAUUUGAGGAUGUAAUUAAGUGGCCAGUACAGCAGGUAUCAAAAUCAAAAAGAAAAAGAGAAUAUACUCCAAGUGUCAUAACAUCAGACAGGUGGGUACAAUUUCAUGAACUAAAAGAAGCAGACAAAUUAAAAAAAGAUGAGGAAAGAGAAAAUAAAAGGAAAGCCAUACAAGACAGAAAAAGGGUAGCUGAAGAAAAAAAAAAGGGUAAAGACAUUAAAAAAGAAAAUACCAAUUGAUUCAGAUAGUGAACACUCAGAAACUAACCAAAGUUGGAGUUCAAUCAGUCACCACAGUCUAGAAGAACCACUUGCUGUGCCCAUACAAUCUAUGGAUUUGGUUUUAUCAACAUCAGACUUGAAGCCCGGUGAUUAUAUUAUUGUAAAAUUUGAAACGUCGAACAAAAGAAAACUCAUUUACAAAUAUGUAGCAUCAGUUCUUAAAAUAACUGAUAUAAAUGAUAUUGAAAUACAAUGUUUUGAAUCAAUAGACGAAGAAAACACUGAAUUUGUUCCUAUUGACAAUGAUGUGAGCAUGAUUGGCAUAGAGAGUAUUGUAGGGAAACUGCCUGUACCUGAACUGAAAUUAUCUGGUAGACAACUAAAAUCUGUCUUCCCAGGUGUUGUUGACAUAUUCGAGAAAUUUUAAGACUGUUUAAUACAAUAUAAAAUUAAAGACUGUUAGGUUUAGCAAAG